UCAUCUCGGGUAAACCGACUUCCUCACUUAACAGAGCCAUUUUACAGCAGUGUCUACCACCCAUUUUUUAUCAGAACCCAACAAAGCUUGUGCCACAGCAGGCAAUCCCAUCUUUGACAAACUCCCCUGAGUGCAAGCCAUCCUCAGGGCACCAGAGCAGACCUGCCGGCUUGGCCAUGUCAGGAUCCUUCAUUACUGCACCAUUCAAGUUUCGUACCCGCCGUGAGAGUGUGGAUUGGCGUCAGAUUAAUGCAAUUGAUGUGGACCGGGUGGCCUGUGAGCUGGACUUUCAGCUGCUCCAGGAGCACAUUGCGGAGGUGACAUUCUGCAGCUUAGAAGGAGAGCGGUGCCUGAACUGUCAGAGCCUAGUGGACCCGGCGCUGCUCAAGCUAUUCCGCCUAGCCCAACUCACAAUUGAAUACUUGCUGCACUCACAGGACUACCUUGCUCUCAGCCUGCAGACUGCUGAGGAGCAGCUUCAGGCUAAUGCCAAAGAGAAGCAGCAUCUCCAGGCGCAGCUGCAGAAGCAGAGCCAGGAUUCCAAGUCCUUAAAAGAAGAGCUAAAGCAUCGGAAGAAGAUUAUUGCCUCUCAGCAAGCCAUGAUAAGUGCAGGCCUGGCAAAUUACCAUAAGUGCCAACAUUGUGAUAAGGCCUUCAUGAGCACCGCAUUCCUGCAAAGUCACGUGCAACGUAGGCAUCCUGUGGAGCAUGACAUUAAACUGAUCACUGAUAAUCAGAAGGAUCUUCAGACAAUGAAGUUACAAGAAGAGAUCAUCAGGCUGCAGGAUCAGCUAACCUUGGCUAAAUCUGAAAUGGAGACACUGCAAAAAGAUUACAAUACCAAACAGGAGAACGAUCUAACUCGGAAACAGGCGGACUUUAUGAAACAGCUGGAAGUCUGGAAGGAAAAUGAGCAUGUGCGCAUGAACAGCAAAAUAGAUGAGGUUAAGCAGGCCUGCCAAAGAGAAAUGGACUCCAUGCACCAGAAAAACAGAAACCUAGAGAAACAAGUAUUGAAGUUGCAGCAAUGUAGAAAGAUGAAGGAGAACAUGCAGCCUGUGCAGGGUCAGGCAAGUGCUGUGCAGAACAGUGAAGACGAACAAAAGCAGGAGGUUGCUCAACUCCGACAGAAGCUCCACAGUCAGCAAGUAUUGAAGUUGCAGCAAUGUAGAAAGAUGAAGGAGAACAUGCAGCCUGUGCAGGGUCAGGCAAGUGCUGUGCAGAACAGUGAAGAUGAACAAAAGCAGGAGGUUGCUCAACUCCGACAGAAGGUCCACAGUCAGGAAAUUAGGUGGACAACAAAAAUGCAAAAAAUAAAGGAAGAAUAUGAGAGUGAGAAAAAUCGGCGCCAAACAGCACUGGCACAGGCACACUCCACUGUCUUCAAGGAGAAGAAAAUGAUAGAGAGGCAGAUGAAGGAACUGGAACUCAGGCUGGAAGAGCAGCAACAGCUCAUCACAUCCCAAAACAUGCAGAUAAAAUAUUUCACUGCAAGUUCACCUAAAUCAACAAUACAACAAGAAGAGUUUACAGCUGUUGCUGCAGCUCCAGAAUCUAAAACAAGAGUGAUGGACAGUGCGCAGUCCAGCCUGGUUUAUAAAUUGGAUCCUAUAAUGGAGCUUUCAGAGGAGGACAAAGAUUCAUCAAACUUCUCAGAAGGCCUUGAAGACAGCCAGUCAAGGGAGCAGAAAGUGAAUGAGCUAUUGAAGAAUACCAGCCUCAAGAAGGACAUGCACUUUGCGCUGCAGCAAAGCCUCCAUGACAAGCUGUUACACUUAGGCAUUGAGCCUACUGUUGAUGGGCUCUCUAAGACAACAUAUGAGGCUGCCCUGGCUCAUGUGGUCUCUGUGAGGCAGCAGAGGCAGAGGGAAUAUGCUAAGUACUGUAAGAUGCAGAAGGAUCUCAUCCAAAAUCUAGAAAGGAGAGUUAAGGAAAGGACCACACAGCCAGUCUCCAAGACCAAGCAAUCAGGACAAGUUCCAUCACUACCUCAAUCCAGGCCACAGUCCAACAGUCUUCCUGUUACAGUCACCCAAGUAGUGUCAGGUCCUCCAGCCAGACAGCAGUACACAAUGCAGCCAGCUCAUGAAAACAACACUGCCAAUCAUCCCACACAAAUGGCACCUCACAAAAUCUCUCAAUUCAGUCUUGAUGAAGACUCUUCAGAAGAAGAGGAGUCUACCAAAGACUCUCCUCAGGCACAGAAAGCCACAGUGAAAAGCCACUCCCCAGGAGUUCAGAAGUGCACUGCUUGCCCAGCUCCAGCCUCAAUUCAGAAAGCAGCACAGAUCUCUGGUUCUCAGCAGACCCCAGUGUUUAGCAUUAGCAAGAUAAAAGGGACUGUGCUGGAAAGCGAGAAGGAGUGGACGGAAGGCAGCGAGAUGGAGGAGAUUUCCCUAGAUCAACUGCAGAAGCACACAAACCAGAAUGGUUAUAUGAAGGCACUAAGCAAUAAUCUCAAGCAGCAGCCUGCAGACCAAGGCCAUAAAAAGACAGCCGGGGUUGCCAUCCCAGAUAUACCUACUGGACUCACUAAAACAAAUGAUGCAGUGUGGGAGAUUAAACGCACUGAUUUCGAGGAUGAUAACAAUGAUGACUGGGAAAUUUCUUCUCUAGAGGAUGUUUCUGCUGCACACACAUCCAGUCCUGCCCCUGUGAGAAAGAGCAUAGACAAGAGUCUUGACACCAGCACUAGUGUGUGGGGAACUUUUACUGGCAAAGGACAAGAGUCAGGUCUUAAAUCUACUGGCACUGGCAGCACUCUGAAGACAAUUAGUGACUGGGACGAUUUAGAUGGCACAUAAAUACCAUUUAGUAAAAAACAAUGAUAAUUCCAAAAGUUAACACAUGGAAUAAAAUGGACUAAACAGAUUUCUUUAUUAUGAAUGCUGCUGAUUGAGCAUGUUUGGAGAUGUCGUGCUAAUAUGCUGCAAGUCGUACACAUAAAUAUUCAAGUAACUGUAAUAAUACUCAAGAUGCUUAAUAUGCGUGGUGAAGUUCAAAACAAUUCAGGGACCACAAAAGCAAUAUCUUUUUUCUUUGUACUCAACAAUGUCCUUGAUAUAUAUACUGUUAAACUUUUCUUUUUCUUUUUUUUUUAAACAUGAAAUUGAAACCUUAUGUGAAUUUGCAGUGUAUAUUAAGGGAUUUUUUUUCCAUAGAAAAAGUGUGUAAACAGUUAAAUUGUGCUUUACUUUCUAUUUCUAAGACCAUGCAUGUAUAAUAUUAUGUAUCUGUUGAUGUGUACAUGGAACUGUUUACCCCAUUGACUCCCAAAAUGAAUUCUGACUUAUCGCCCACUGCUCUUGCAAAAAUUUGACCCACAGUUAUAUUUUUUGGUCGCACCUGUAAACAAACAAGUAAUUCAGACCACAGUGACCCUGAGCAGGAUGAAGCAGUUACUAAAGAUGAAUGAGUAAACAUGUAAGCACAUUGUGCAGCACUGUGUGAACAUGCCUCUGUGUCUAAUAUGCUUUCUUGUUAAUGUGCCCUCCCUUUCUCCCGCAAGCUUCAUAUCUGCCUGGCCACGUGAGAAGAAAAAACAUACGAUUGUGCAAAUCUUUUGCUGGGUCCCAUGGAAUCCCAGUCCACUGGCCACAGAACAUGCUCAUGUACAUCUUUUUUAAGAAAAGAUCCUGCUAUUAGCAUUAUUAUCAACAUCACAUGAACAAUUAUAUUUUAAAAAAUCAAAAAAAAAAUUCUGUGAAUGGAUUAUGUGAACUUUUUAUUGUACCUUGUUGCCCUUUGACAUACAUGUACUAUAAAAAAAAACACAUAACACUUCUUUAAUUACAAGAGCUGUAGUUAUUAGUUUUCACCUGCAGCAAGAAGUGAUUAACAGAAAUUUGUAAAGUCUUGUAAGGGCAACUAAAAAUGAGGUUAGGCCUGGGAAAAAGAGAGGGUUCUCCCUUUAAGGAGAGCGGUUUAAACAUCUUGCAUCUUACAUAUGCUGUAUGUGGUGCAAUUAAAGUACACUUACUCUUUUUGUAAAUGUUAAAAAGUCUAUCUGUCUGUCUAUCGAAUGGCAUGCACUACAUGGAGGGUUUUGUUUUUUUGUUUGUACUGAAUGGGCUUAUUACAUUUUCAGAGAAUGAUGCAUGCUUUUAUACAAUUUUUUGGAGUUUACUAUAAAAACACAUCAUUAAAUUUCAUCCCAAGUUA